AUGACGCCAAUAACUUCCCCGGAUCCGCCAAAUAAUACGGUUGCUAAUGAGUCAUCAGCUUUAGCUACUUCUUUGGAUAUCGAAACUAUACUGCUGAACAACUUAGGUCCGAAACGAUCGCCAUUAAACUGGCUCAUUCCUCUGACAGUGGUUUAUUCGAUCAUUUUUCUUACCGGCAUUGUGGGAAACGUGUGUACUUGUCUAGUCAUCGCAAGGAACCAAUACAUGCAAACCGCAACCAAUUGCUACCUGUUCAACCUUGCCAUUGCAGAUAUGAUGACCUUGCUGUUUGCAAUGCCGCUGGAGCUAUUGACACUGUGGGAACAAUAUCCUUGGAAACUAGGAACAGUGAUGUGCUGGUUGCGCGGUGUGGUCCCAGAAGCAACUGCUUAUGCUUCCAUCUUGACUAUAGUGACUUUCAGUACGGAAAGGUACAUCGCUAUCUGCCACCCCAUUCGGCAGCAGACGAAAUCGAAACUGUCCCGUGCCAUCCGUAACAUUGGAAUCAUCUGGCUGGGAUCAAUCCUCAGUGCCAUCCCCUAUGCCGUCUUCACGCGUGUCAACUACCUGACGACGAACGGCCAAGAGGAUGGGGACCUCAUCCCUGAAUCUGCGUGGUGCGGCUUUCCCUUCCACAAGCCCCAGAGGCAGUGGGAGACCCUGAUGCUCUGUUCCACCUUCGUGUUCUUCGUGAUGCCCCUCUCCAUGAUCACUGCACUCUAUGUUAGAAUCGCCCUGGCCCUCCACCAGUCCAGAAAUCUUCACAGAUCCACCUCGGAGAGUGCUCAGUGCCGCCUCGAGAGGGAGAGAUCCAAAGCCCAAGCGAGGAGAGUAGUCAUCAGAAUGCUUGUUGCUGUAGUGAUAGCCUUCUUUGUCUGUUGGGCCCCAUUCCACGCUCAACGACUCCUGUUCCUUUACGUUUCGCUGUACGGGCAAUGGACAGAUACAUUGAGACACAUUAAUCAAAAUUUGUUCACUUUUGCUGGUUGUUUCUAUUAUUUCAACUCGACCAUCAACCCAAUCCUCUACAGUGUGAUGUCAAAACGCUUUCGGGUAGCAUUCCGUGACAAACUCUGCGCUGGACCUCCCUCCCUUUGGUGUAUUUGCUGUUGCUGCUUCUGCUUUGUGAAGGACUUCGAGAAGCGAAGCCAACAGGCUGGCGCCAUUUACAGAAAUUCUAAUUCCCACAGUUCUGUGCGGUCACACGCCAGUUUUGCCGUUAAAGCAGUCAACAAUAACAACGUCAACAUGGUUCUUCCCAGAGCCCGGAGCAUGGCUGUUGAGUACAAUGAGAAGGUUGGCGUCACCAUGACAUGGGCAAAUGAGGCAGAAAAAGCAGACAGAGUGGUAAGAUCCCCAAGUACAUCAAGUCCCAGCAGAAAGUAUGGCAGGAAUCUCACAGUUUCUCCACCUCUCGGAUGUCGUCACGUGGUUCGCAUAGAAUCCGGCAACAGCCACAGCAGUGGCAGAUCUUCAUCGAAAUCGAGUGACCAAAUUAUUCCCAGGCGGAUGUAUAACCUCGAAUCGAGUUCCUCCAGUAGAGAUGAGGAACCAGAAGUAAGCAAUGAACCAGAUUUGGAAGAGGAACUUGAUCAGGCCAUUCGACCAGAGCUGGAAAAAUUAGAAGAAACUGAAAAGACCGAUUGUGUCAACUGUACUAACUGCACCCUUCUAUUCCCGCAAAAGUCGAGAAACGCAGUGUGCUACGAAGCCGUUGAUAAGACUUCUACUACCGAGAUAUCUCACUCUGAGCAUAUUGCUCAAGAUCAGCCUUCCUUGGAAGUUGUUGAAUCACUUGUGUGAUGCCAUGAUGCCCAAUAUUUCAUAGCUUCCUUCUUAUAAACGUGAUUUCAUUGAAAAAGUGUU